CCUAGACCGGAAAUGUGACGACGUAAUCUUUACGGCAUGUUUAGUGCGCACAAAAGUAACCAAAACAGGCCCAAGUGUUUGGUCCUUGUCAUAAAAGGGUCGUUUGUCAGUGUCUCGGGUACGGCAGAGAUUUGACUCCCCGUGUUUUCGCAUGGCAACACAAGCCUGGGAGCUGGAGUCAUCCCUGCGCCGCUCCGCCAGACUCGGCCUGGAAGUACUGGAGCGAGCGUCGAGACGGAGCGUAGACUGGACGAGUCCGUCUCCCAAUACAACACCAACGGAUGGCAACGCCGGGAGUGAGGUUCUGGGAAACUCAGCCCACACAAGCCUGGAUGAUGCUUUUGAGACCAUAGCGGAAUUCAUGGCUCAGACAACAUAUCAAUGCAAGAACUUUUACACGUCGGAGAAUGAGCCUAUGGAAAAGGAGAGAACCCAUGUGUGCAGAUACCAUUCUCAAUCUCACCAAUGCCCAGGGACCUCAUUGCAGAUCAGGAAACAUGCACGGUCAUCACCUGAGGAUUUCCACAUUGAGGUGUCACCAGGUUCCUAUGCGAUUACAGCGGGAACGCAGGACUCGCAGCAACAGACCCGGCUAGUACGCAUUAAUGCAGGAGAAAGUAUGAACCUCACCUUUCACCUCUAACCAAUCCCCUUUGACCGUUCUGCUGCAAAUAACAAAACUGUCCAAUCGGAACGUUUACAUAUGUAUUUUCAAGUGAGUCUUGUCUUCUGGAUGAAUUUGUCGCUUUAGAGCGACAGUAAUACAUUUAUUAAUUUGCUGCUAAAUGAGAAGCCAUAUUUUGAUCUGAUCAGGAUUACAUUUUUUAUAUUAAAUUAUUUAUUGUCAAAUGUCUGCCUAAAUGCAUCACAUAAUUAUGUAUUUUUUACCAUAUCAGUAUAAUAAAGUAUAUUUUAUAUCAAUG